AUGAGAUCCCCCGCGGCUUUCGCCGUUCUGGCACAUCAGUGCGCCGACCUGGGUGUUGCAGCAGUGUUGAUUCAAGAGCCCCCAAGGAGGCUCCCUGCAACGGUUGAGGGAUUCAAAAGCAUCCUGCCUCAAUUCACUCCGGAAGGCUCUGCAGAUGAAGACCGACGCCCGAGGGUAUGCAUACUACUGCGCACCUCUAUGCCCCAUAAGCUAGCUAGCGAGUCGAGAGACACACUAGCUCUUGACACCAAGCUACCGGGGCACCAUCAAUGGGUCAGGCUAGCCUCCAUAUAUCUCAGCAGCAACAUUGGACCAACCGAGACGCUCCGAGACGUCGAACUGGUUCAUCCUAGCAUUGUGGCAGGGGACCUCAACUGCUCUCACUCCACGUGGGGCAGCCCCACGAAUCCCACAAGCACUAGGACAGAGCAAGUCCUUGAAUGGACUGUUGCGAAUGAUCUAGCGUGUAUCAAUGGCAACCGAGGCCGUCCGACCUUUCGCGGAAGCAUAGGCCGGACAUACAUCGACGCAGUCUUCGUCUCCCAAGGCCUAGUAAGUAGGUGCUCCGCGGCAACAGUACCAGACUUCUCCGAGACUAUCCCCACUGAUCAUGAAUGCCUAAUGUGGACUGUUGCACCCACCCACACAUCCCCACAACAGAACACAAGACGCAGGGCGAAAGACACCAACUGGAAGAAGUUCCAUGAGCUCAUACGACAGCUACGGAGCAAGGGGCCCGUACUAUCUCCACAAGACCUACAAUCGAGAACGUCCAGAUUGAUCAACACGCUCCGCAACGCAGUCAAAUACUCUACCCGAGUGAGUCGCGUCGACGGAUCCAGACGCCAGACCAAGGAUUGGUGGGGCCAUGGGAAGGUAUCAGGGCCGCUGAAUAUCGACCGCGCCCGUAAGAACUACCAAAGGGCAAGAGGGCACGCGAAUCGAGACCCCGGGGAUAGCGGACGGAGACUCACCGAAUGCCGGGCCCACAAGGAAUAUGUCAAAGCCAUAUUCAAUGCGAAGAAGCGAUAUUGGCAGCACACCGUGGAGACCCUAGACCCAUCGGGCGUAACCCGCAUCAUGAUGGGUAGACAGAGCAGCGGUCACACACAGGCCAUAGAUGCGGACUCGGCAGCGGACUACUUCUUCGGGACAGCGCGGACUCUAGAAGAGAGCCGACCACCACAGCCACCCCCGCUGGGAGCUCAGACCCCCUCGCGCAGCGGAAACGUCUCGCUAACAGCAGGCCAGGUUGAAGACAUAAUCCGGGGCCUUCCGUCGGGCAAAAGCCCAGGGGAUGACUUCACUUCAUAUGAACACUGGAGAGAGGCCGCCCAACACCCGGAACUCCUGGAAGAACUACGGCUAGUUCUAGAGGCCAUCAUAAACUUCAAAACCUUCCCAGAGGCGCUAAAGCCCACCAAAGUCGUGUUGAUAGGCAAGCCCAAUAAAAGGGUUGCGGCCGGGGCUGAUGUCAACACCAGGAUGAAGGCAAUCAGACCCAUAUCACUGCUGAGAACCCUCAGCAAGAUAGCCGAAAAGGCGAUCCUACAACAACUCGAGUGCAAGAUCCAAGCCCUCCCGCGGUGCGCGCAGGGCUUCCGAAAGGGCUUCUCAACAACAACAGCCCUAAAGGAGGUCGACGACUUCCUACACACGGUGGGUCGUGGGGGAGAGGUCGCAGGAGUUUUGUUAGAAGACUUCACUGGAGCCUUUGACAAUAUCCCGUGGGAGGCCAUCCUGGAUGGGGUCAAAGAGUAUCUCGGCCCGGAUUGGGUCGAUCUGAUCGUGUCUUACCUCCAAGGAAGAAGAGUGACAGUGGCGGCAGACGACGGUAGCACUAGUACAAGGUAUUUGCAGAAAGGCACCCCUCAAGGGGGCUGCUUGAGCCCGUUGUUGUUUCUGCUGGCGUCACUCCUACUCUACACGAAGUUAGAGAGGCGACGGGAGCUCACGGAGGACGAAGAGCGAUGGUCGAUUAAGAUAAUCGGCUAUGCUGAUGAUUUUGCCAUAGCCGUUAAGGCUGAGGACAUACAAACGUUGGGACAAGCAUUGUCAGAUUGCAGGAUCACCGCAUCCACCUGGGCGGAGACUCGUAGGAUACCGCUCGCUGAGGAGAAAGAGGAGCUUUUGCUUUUUGCGAAGAGGCCCCAGUGCGAAGAAUUUGCAGCAACCUACGGGCAUCUGGCUGCAAAGGGGAAGCCAGAAGCCAAAUGGCUCGGCGUUUGGAUGAGACCUACGCCGACUGGUAUACAGUGGGAUAAACAUGCACACUCAGUCAUAGAGAGUGCUAGAGGGUGGGCAAGGCAGAUCCGGAGCUUCUGUCGAUGGAAUUCCGGCCUCAACCCCGGAACGGCACAAAGCUUAUGGCAUGGCUAUCUACUACCACGAGCCACAUAUGCUGCCUCCGUCUGGGGAACAGCCAGCACUGCCAAAUGGUUCAGCAGAGCAUCCCGGGGAGUAAUGGCCACAUUGCUAAGGAGUGUGUGGCGGGCCACACCCAGCGCUCCUACGGCCAUAGUUAGUAGACUCGCCAAUUGGAGAGGGAUAGCAGAAGCAAUCGCCCGGCUGAUGAUCAAAGACUACUGCUACAAGCAGAAAUUCGUCCCGCGGCGCCUAGAGAAAAAGGCACUCAAGAGAUGGCUAGGAGAUAGCUUCACCCCUGAUCACUUUGAGAGCUCAGAGAGCUCACCCGCAGCUAUGGACAUCGAAUUGGACACCAGUGGCAUUGUGCAAUCAGGCGUGGGAACCCACCAGUGGUAUACAGACGGGAGCAAGCUGACUGUGAGAGGAACAGGCCUCUUCCACCUUGCUACCCGCACGGGAUUUGGAGUGGUGCGAUACGAUCCUGGAGGUAAGCCAGAGACCUAUGAGGCCAGGGCAUUGCCGCGCGAAACCACGGUAUACCAAUCAGAAGUAUGUGCCAUAGGAAGGGCGUGUGAAUUGGAAAUGUCUCGACUGUCGCUCUCGGAAGGUCUCGAGGAUGAGGGAGACGUCGAGAUACUAUCAGACUGUCUCUCCGCUCUAAGCAACAUUAGCAGAGCAACGGCCAUACAGCCGACCACAGUCGCGCGCAGUAGAGCACUGGCGCUGGCUCUGCACGAGCGGCUCAGAAGACGUAAUCGACGAUUAGUGAUGAGGUGGGUACGUGCCCAUAGAGGCAAUGUCCCAAACGCUCUCGCGGACACAACGGCCCGCUUGGGGGCCACAAUGGGGAAUCACCACCCUUGUCCUAUCCCCCAAACGGCGGCCAUGGAGAGGCUGAAGACCCGGUUCGAAGCUUCUGCUCUAAUUGAAUGGCAGCGUCAGAAGGGGCACCUCAAGGGCUAUCACGAGUCGAGAGCCAAUCUCGGGAAGCAACAGAGGGAGACGCUCUCAAAGGUGGCGAACGGAGGAGAUCGACGACGACUCCUCACUGUCAUCAGUGGGCACGGCGACGUGAAGUCUCACCUAAAGCACACUAAGCCGGCUCUUAUCCAGAAGAUCGGUCUCAAAUGCCGACACUGCAACGUGGAUGAAGAGACGAUAAGCCACCUCGUCUUCCACUGCAGGCCGGACAUCGGAGCUCAGCCUCUGAUCGGCAAGGCUGCCCUCAACAAACAAACUACUACUACUACUACUACUACUACUACUACUACUACUACUACUACUACUGCUACUACUACUACUACUACUACUAGUACUACUACUACUACUACUACUACUACUACUACUACUACUACUACUACUACUACUACUACUACUGCUACUACUACUACUACUACUACUACUACUACUACUACUACUACUACUACUACUACUACUACUACUACUACUACUACUACUACUACUACUACUACUACUACUACUACUACUACUACUACUACUACUACUACUACUACUACUACUACUACUACUACUACUACUACUACUACUACUACUACUACUACUACUACUACUACUGCUACUACUACUACUACUACUACUACUACUACUACUACUACUACUACUACUACUACUACUACUACUACUACUACUACUACUACUACUGCUACUACUACUACUACUACUACUAGUACUACUACUACUACUACUGCUACUACUACAUCGACGGUCAAUAGGUAG